CCGCCAGCUCCGAGCCCUCGGUGACUUCCCCGGGACCAUGUUGCGCUGGCUGCGGGCCUUCGUGCUGCCCACCGCCGCCUGCCAGGAAGCGGAGCGGCCCACGCGCUACGAGACGCUCUUCCGGGCGCUGGACCGCAAUGGGGACGGCGUGGUGGACAUCGGAGAGCUGCAGCAGGGACUGCAGAGCCUGGGCAUCCCACUGGGCCAGGACGCGGAGGAGAAAAUUUUUACUACUGGUGAUGUCAACAAAGAUGGGAAACUGGAUUUUGAAGAAUUUAUGAAAUACCUGAAAGACCACGAGAAGAAAAUGAAAUUAGCAUUUAAAAGUUUGGACAAGAAUAAUGAUGGGAAAAUUGAGCCUUCGGAAAUUGUCCAGUCUCUCCAGAUGCUGGGCUUACAAAUUUCUGAAAAGCAAGCAAAGUUGAUUCUUCAAAGCAUCGACUCUGAUGGGACAAUGACCGUGGACUGGAAUGAAUGGAGGGAUUACUUCUUAUUUAACCCUGUGACAGACAUUGAGGAAAUUAUCCGCUUCUGGAAACACUCUACUGGAAUUGACAUAGGGGAUAGUUUAACUAUUCCGGAUGAGUUCACAGAAGAUGAGAAAAAAUCAGGACAGUGGUGGAGGCAGCUUCUGGCAGGAGGUGUCGCUGGCGCCGUCUCAAGAACCAGCACCGCGCCUUUGGAUCGCCUCAAAGUCAUGAUGCAGGUUCAUGGUUCCAAAUCAAUGAAUAUAUUUGGAGGUUUUCGGCAGAUGGUAAAGGAAGGAGGAAUCCGUUCCCUUUGGAGAGGGAAUGGCACAAAUGUUAUUAAAAUCGCUCCUGAGACAGCUGUUAAGUUCUGGGCUUAUGAACAGUAUAAGAAGUUGCUUACUGAGGAAGGACAAAAAUUAGGUACCUUCGAGAGGUUUAUCUCUGGUUCCAUGGCUGGAGCAACUGCACAGACUUUUAUUUAUCCCAUGGAGGUUUUGAAAACCCGGCUAGCUGUAGCCAAAACUGGACAGUACUCUGGAAUAUACGGUUGUGCCAAGAAGAUUUUGAAGCACGAAGGCGUCGGGGCUUUUUACAAAGGCUACGUUCCCAAUUUACUGGGCAUCAUUCCUUACGCAGGCAUUGACCUCGCCGUGUAUGAGCUUUUGAAGUCUUACUGGCUGGAUAACUUUGCAAAAGACUCUGCCAACCCUGGUGUGGUGGUGCUGCUGAGCUGUGGAGCCCUGUCUAGCACCUGCGGGCAGCUGGCCAGCUACCCCCUGGCUUUGGUGAGGACUCGCAUGCAGGCACAAGCCAUGGGAGAAGGAGCCCCGCAGCUGAGCAUGGUUGGCCUUUUUCAGCGAAUAAUCUCCAAAGAAGGGGUGUCAGGACUUUACAGAGGCAUCACCCCAAACUUCAUGAAGGUGCUCCCUGCUGUGGGCAUCAGCUAUGUGGUAUACGAAAACAUGAAGCAGACACUAGGAGUAGCUCAGAAAUGACCAGUCAAAGCCUUGAAGACGGAGACCGUCAGCGCUCUCCCAGUGGCUGCUGGGAUUGCAGCACGCCUAUUGCAAAAGAAACUUCUUCCCUGCCGAAAGGAGGCGUGUAUCCAAGGUC